UCCAGUCAGGAGUGAGGACAGGUACUCCAAGAGGAGAGUUUCGGAGGCGGAAACCUGCUGAUUCAGUGGAAGAAUAAAAGUGUCAAUUCGUUUGUAAUAUUCUUAAGAAUUGCAUUAGAAGAGUAGAGUAGAGAGGUUUUAGACGAGAGCAACCGGAGAAACAUUAAAGAUGCAAGGAGGUGGGAGAUGCAACGCGGCAAGACACCUGCUAGUGCGUAAUAUGGAUACUGCUGCUCCGGUCUCUUGAGGGACCGCUGUCACUACUCCACCACUGAAGAAGACACUGACCUGGUCCGUGGAUUUACAUCCCAGAACAAGCAAGAGUGUGACAUUUACACUUUGCUCCGGGUCGUUUUGAGUGUCCACACACUGCACCACAGUAGCUCAGUGCCCUCCCUGCAGUCAAAGAUGACAGAGAGGACCCCGUGGUGGAAGGCCUUCCUGCCAAAGAAGAAGAGCGGAGGCUCCAAGGACACCAGUUCAUCCAACACCUUUGACGUGGACUUUGACCCUUUUGCACAAAAUGAGAGGCAAAAAGACCCCGCGGCCUCCCAGACCGGCGGCGACCUGUCCCCGUCUCCUCAAGAUUCCAGCAAGAGCUCCAGCAUCCUCAGGGAUGACACCUAUGACGACUCCCACCUGGAGUCUGUCUUCAACGAGCAGACGUGUCGCAGGAACAUGAAGGUGUCACGCUCAGGUCGAUUCAAGGAGAAGCGGAGAGUGCGCUCCAGCCUUCCUUUACAGGAGACAGAGACUGUGGCUUCAGGGAGGGAGGACAUGCGUUGACGGUGAGGAGGAGGAGACGAUCAAAGACUGCUUUGUCUUGACAGAUGCUUGAGGACAAGGAGAGGGAUUUGAGCUCAUGAAGCUGCUUCGUUCUCUUGAGAGAGACCAAGAGGUCUGCUGUGUGUUGGUGAAGAUGGUGGUGAUGAAGAUGACAAGGUGCAUUCAACUUUUAGCCCAAUGUUGGAAACUUUUGCCAGAAGGCCACAGACACAAUGAUAAAUGAUCUGAAAUGGAUUAUAUUUUUUUCUGCAGGAUGGUUACCGAACCAUUUUGCCAACAAUAUCCCAUAAUCAAAGCUCAAAGAGAUAUAUUAUAUUGCUGUAAACACGUAAGAGUCUUACAGUGUCCUUGUUUCAGUCAAGGACUGUGCCUUCAAUUGGACAACUCAUAAAAUUACCCACAACCUGUUUAAGAAAAAAAAAUGUUUUUUUGUGAUAUGCUUCUGGAAAACAUAAGAUGUGUACAUUAUUUCUAUAAUAAUGAUAUUAAAUGUUUGAUAAUGAAGGAUAUGUAUAAGGCUCCUUAUACAAAACAUUGUUGAUUCUAAAGUGUAAGGUGUAAAAUGAUUUCAUAGUUAUGUGUGAAAAGAAAUCGGUUAGCGGAAGAAAUUCAUUGUGAGCAGCUUUUAGUCAAAUGCACAACACUUGACAGGAAAAUGCAUAAACUACUUUUAAUGAAGGAUGACAUCCAACAUGUGUUAUGACAUGUUGGGUCCAGCUGAAGUAAGAAGCUACAUUAUAUUGUGAUAUCAGCUGAAUGAGAUAUGGCCAUGUAACUAAAGAAGUGUGAUCCAGAUGUAGUUUUAUUUGCAGGACUGCUGUAUUUCAGACCACCUGUGAAUACUUAAAUGAAGGAAAAAUAUGAUGAAUAAAGAUGAUA